GAUUUUGAACGCACCUUUCAUUCGUUUGGUUAUGUCACAGUUUUUCUAAAAAGAUUUUGUUGUGAAUUUAUUAGAGGUAUCUCGCCUGAAGCAGAUACCUCGAGCCACCAUGGCUACGAUUAUAAAAACAGCAGUGGUAAAAGUCAUUGGCACAAGUCAGUAUGGUAAGAUAGCUGCUUGUACCUUCAUCCAGCACAGGGGCAUCUCUGGUAAAGCUCUCAGGGAGUCUCUGCCGCCGCCACCUCCAAAGCCAGCACCGUUCGACUAUGAGAACAAAGAUUACACUUUCCUUCGUAGCUUGUUCGACCGCACAACCCACAGAUUCGAUGAUAACACGAAGGUUAUCGUCGUAGAAGGCCCCGUGGCCGUCGGCAAGACUCAAUUCGCCGCUGCCUUAGCUGAAGAUCUAGGCAUGAAGCACUUCAAAGAAGCCAACAUGGAUUACCAUUAUGUUCGGCCGAACGGACAUGAUUUACGCAUGUUCAAUGAUAAAGUCCCGGAGGACACUAGGACAUUCGACCACGUUGACUUCAACUUGAAUCCGAACCAUCGACUGGCUGCUAAUUUCCAGAUUAUGACAUAUAUUGCUCGAUAUGGCCAGUACAUUGAUGCAUUGGCUCAUUUAUUCAACACAGGCCAAGGUGUUGUUUUAGAAAGAUCCCCCUACUCGGACUUUGUAUUCUUAGAAGCAAUGUAUGCCCAGAAAUGGAUUAGCAAAGCUGCACGAUCUAUAUACUAUGAACUGAGGAAUAUUUCUAUUGAAGAACUGAUGAGGCCUCACCUAGUGGUUUACUUAGAUAUACCAGUUAACACAGUUGAAGCCUCCAUCAAGAAGCGUGGGCUUGAACACGAGGUGAAAGGCAAGGCCCUAACGACGGCAUUCCUCACAGAGAUGGAGAAGCAAUACAAAACGAAGUAUUUACGAGACAUAGCGACUCACGCGGAGUUGCUCGUCUACGACUGGAGCGGCGGCGGCGAUGUGGAAGUGGUAGUCGAAGACGUGGAACGCUUAGACUUCGACAAGUACACGGAGCGCGAGGAGCCCAAGAUGAAGGACUGGCGGCUCCCCCGCGAGGUGGAGUACGCCGACCAGCGCAUGCUCUACACCAACGGGAAGUACUGGCUCAUGAACCAGUUCAACGUGCCCAACACCAGCGCGCCCGAACUGAUAACCAGCGCUGAAGAUGCUUACGAGAGGGAGAAGGUAAUUUACGGCCAUCCCGACUUUGAAUACGAAAUUGGUUACAACGCCAAGGACACCGGAAAGCUGACCAAGAACAAAUUGCCCAAAUAUACAGUGUAUGUGUAAUACCUGUUACCUCGGUUUAUCUUUGUAGAAUGUGAAUGAAUUAUUUAAUAAAAUUAUUAUUUGAAAUGUUAUUACUUUACUUAUUUAUUACUUUAGAAGUACCAUUGACAGCUACAA